AAUAUGCCAUCAUAUGGUAAGUUCUUCAAGGACUUGGUUACCAAGAAGAGGAAGUUCGAAGAUGGAGAGAAGGUGGUCGUGUAUGAGGCUGCAAGUGCAAUGCAGCACGAUUUGCCCAAGAAGGAACGUGACCCCGGUGGUUUCAUUAUCCAGAUAGCUUUGGGGAACGGGAAGGUAGCUUUGGGGAUGCUUGACCUCGGAGCCGGAAUCAAUCUCAUGCCCUUCUCGAUUUUUCAAAGGCUUGGCCUUGGGGAUUUGAGGCCAACUCGCAUGUGUCUCCAGUUAACAGACCGUUCCAUCAGGUAUCCCAAGGGAAUAGUCGAGGAUGUUCUCGUGAAGGUGGGUAAGCUUAUCAUUCCAGUGGACUUCGUUGUUCAGGACGUCGGGGAUCUGCACGAGAAUGGGAAGGAUCACACCAUCCUUCUCGGGAGACCUUUCAUGGCGACGACUAAUACCCUCAUUGAUGUGAAGAAUGGUACUCUGAAUAUGACGGUUCUGGGGAGUCGGUGUCUAUUUCUGUCCGAGGGGCCAUGUCUUCAUCUUCU